UUAGUGGAACAACCAGCUCUCGAGUGGACGAUGGAAGCUCCCCACGAAUUUCACUCCUUCAAACCUUCAACUAUUUUGGCAAAUUCUACUCUCAGAUUUAUGUAAACCACAAUGGUCAUCUGACCUUUGAAGCACCAUGGAGUAGUUAUUCACCAGAAAAGUUUCCAAUGGAUGAAGGCAGAGAUAUUAUUGCUCCAUUCUGGGCUGAUUUAGACAACAGAAAGAGUGGCAACAUCUACUAUGUUCAGUAUACCAACGGCUCUAUUCUCCAACAAGUUACCCAGGACAUCAACGUGUACUUCCCAGAGCUUACCUUUAAUGCCAGCUGGAUCUUUAUAGCAACAUGGCAUAAAAUUCCCUAUAUUUUAAUGCCUGAAACACAAACAACCUUUCAGGCAGUCUUGGCUUCCAAUGGGAAUUAUUCAUUUGUUAUACUGAAUUACGGUUCCCUAGCAUCAAAACCAGUCUCCAUAGAGGCUGGAUACGACACAGCUUAUUCCUGUCACAACUUUACCAUGCUUGGGUCAUUCUCUCAAAAGGCAAUCCCAAAAAUUACACUUUUAGGCCUUGGUAGUAAUGUCAAAAUAUCCGGUCGCUGGGCUUUCCGUGUAGAUCUUGGUUCAAGGGACUGCAAUGGACCCCUCUACCCAAUUGGUGGAACAACAAGCUCUCGAGAAGAUGAUGGAAGCUCCACACAAAUUUCACUUCUUCAGUCAUUUAACUAUUUUGGCAAAUCCUACUCUCAGAUCUAUGUGAACCACAAUGGACAUCUGACCUUUGAAGCACCAUGGGCCAGUUUUUCUCCUCAACAGUUUCCAAUGCAUGGAUGUAGAGACAUCAUUGCUCCUUACUGGACUGAUUUAGACAAUCAUGCAAGUGGUAACAUCUUCUAUGUUCAGUACACCAAAGGCUCUAUUCUCCAACAAGUUACCCAGGACAUCAACAUGUACUUCCCAGAACUUAACUUUCAUGCUAGCUGGAUCUUUAUUGCAACAUGGCAUAAAGUUCCCUAUUUUUCAAUGCCUAAAACGGUGAGGAAAUCUAUUUGA